AGUUAUAUAAAGCAUAGCAGUCUCGUCAUUAAUGGUAGUCGCAAUAUAAUUCAUUACUCCGUAAAAUAUCAAUCUUUUGAAUAUUAAUAUAAAUAAAUAUAAAGUAACUUUAAACAUACGAGAUCUUAGCAAAUUGCUCAACGAAAAAAAAGUAUGAGUUUGAACAAAAAGUGUGUCACAUUAAGCGAAAUAAAUGACAAGUUUACAGAAGACGUGCUGAUAAGUAUCCUCUCUAAAGUAUGCAAUGGGAAAACAGUGCAACUGACAGAUUGGAGUUUUAACGAGGGAUCUGCUAAAGGCGAUAAUUAUUUGUCAAAUGUUUACAAGGGUAAAGUGAAUGGCAUUAUCGAUGACGAUUCAAAGCAACAUGUACAAGCGAAUAUUGUCGUAAAGUCGAUGCCAAAAAAUCCUGGAACAAGAAAAACUCUCAGAGUUGCAGACUUCUUCGGUAACGAAAUCGCUUUUUAUACGCAGAUUAUCUUCAAAUUCGAAAACUUUCUGGCGGAAAAAGGACAAAGUGAUCUAUUGUGCAUACCACGUCAUAUAAUCUCCUCCACAGAUAACGAAAACGGUUUUCUAGUCUUGGAAGAUGCCUCUUGCUUAGGAUUUCGUGCCGUGCCGCGGCAGAAUUGCCUAGACUGGGCAGAAUGUUCCGCUCUCCUGAGGAUAUUGUCCAAAUUUCACGCGAUCUCGUUUGCGUACAAAGAUCAGAGGAAGGAAGAGUUUGCAGAAAUGGUAGAGUCUUUAACAGAAACCUUGUUCGUCCGUGAACAUUGGGAGUGGUACAAAGGCUAUCACGAAAAGGUACAAGGUAUAAUUAAACACGCAUUGGCUACCGAAUAUCCUGACAGCAAGGCUGAGAAACAGUACAAUUCCUACAAGCUCGGUGCUCUCUUCGACAAGUUAACGGAAUUAUGUAAGAGAAAAGACGCCCCUACAUCUGUCAUAGUCGAGGGUGAUUGUUGGGGUCCGAACUUCUUGAUCCGCGACGUUGGGCAAAAUCAAAAGCAGGCAUUGAUGCUCGACUUUCAGCUGGCACGUUGCGCAAGCCCCAUCAUAGACCUGUCGUCUCUACUUUACGCUUGCACCCUGAAGUCAUUUCGUGAUCAAUAUUUCGACGAGAUGUUAAAAAUGUAUCACUCCGAGUUGAGCGGUGCCAUUAAAUUACUCGGGUCCGAUCCGGAGAAGCUUUAUCCGUGGGAUUUAUAUAUGAAGGAGGUGAAGGAGCAAUUUGUGUUUGGUGUGUUUUUUUCGCUGGACGCUAUUCCAUUGUGCCUGUCAGACGUAGCCGAAUUAUCGUUUACCAUCGAUACCGCUGUUGAGGGCGACGAGGCAAUAGACAUCGGUGAGGCGGCACCAGUUUCUUGCAUUGCAACUGCAAGCGGAAGACAAAGAUUAGCGGACGUGAUAGUGCAUGCUGUUGAGCGAGGAUACAUAUGAUGAUGUGUUGAGAAACUGCAAGAUCGUCAUUUGCUGUGAAGUAGAAUUAAAACAACUAACAAUUACGUAUUAUUCGAUACAAUUAAAUAUUUUUCUUAGGUCUUAGGAAACUAACAUGCAGAAAUACUUUAUAAUACUCCUACAUCUAUAUUAUCUAAAUAGAUGAAACACUUAUAAUUUCUUCAAAGAGAUCCUUGUACUUGUUGAAAUCCUUGGGCGUCUCUUAAAUAUUAAUUAUUUUCUCUAAUUAAAAAUAUAUUUUCGUUAGAACACUCUUAAUAUUUCUGUGCCCAGUUAAUUUUGAAAAAAAUGUAAUAAUUAGAUCACGAGAUGCUCGUAUACAACUAUGUCAAAAGCGAUGCUUACGCAAUAUGUUUUUAAUGGACAACCUGUCAGUCUUUUUCUCUCUCAAGGUAAAGUAAGAUAAAGUCUAUUACAAAUUUCCAAGUUCUCAGGAACGCUAUAUAUAAUCUCCAUAGUUCAAUAUACCAGCGAUUUAUGUACAUUCCAUGACUUAUCAAAAUUUGCGCACACCCUUAUCUGCAGUAUAUAAUCGCAAGAAAAUAUGCAAUAUCAUAGCGAAAGGAAAGUCAAUAAAAGCCAGACCGCUGGUGUAUAUAAAUA